UCCCUCAUUCCUCAGGUUCUCCAUUUCUGCUCCAAAAGCUCUUCGGCCGUUUCUCUUGGCCAUUUCUGUUGGGACGAGAACUUCACCUCGUUUCCUUUUCUUCGGUUCCAUCGGUCUCAACACAGAAUCGUUCUGAGCAGAUUUCCAGGAACUCAUUCGUUGCAGACUUAUUUUCUGCUCACUAAGGUCACUUUAUCCUGUUACUGGCUUUUUUUUUUUCAUGCGUUUUGCACAUUACUGGGACUGAACAAUUGAAGCGAAGGAAUAUAUGGUUAGAAAUUUUUAUUUGUAGUGAGGAAUUGGAAAAAAAAAUCUUGUAUUAUUAAACAUUUAAAGUCAAAGGAAUAUGGUUAGAAAAUCUUGGAUUACUUCUAAUUCUUAUAUGUACUGUAAUAAAUGGAUUAAUUUUGAUUUGGAGGAUUACAAGUGAUCCAGAGAUGAGUGGGCCUAAUUUUAAACUAAUUACUAUGCCGUGCAAUCAUUGUCAAUUACCCCAAAAAAUUAGUUACAGAUAUAAUCUGAAAUUAAUGGGGGGGUUUGUUGAACUAAGAGCUAUUUAAAAAGCAUAGAAGAUGUGGUCGUUUUAUGGAGCUAUAAUUGCUGAGUUUAUAGCUACCCUCUUGUUUUUAUACAUCACCGUUUUUGACUGUGAUUGGUUAUAAGAGCCAAACUGACCCUGCCAAGAACGCUGAUGCAUUUGGUGGUGUUGGGAUUCUUGCUAUUGCUUGGGCCUUUACUGGCAUGAUCUUCGUUCUUGUUUACUGCACUGCUGGUAUAUCAAUGAAUUUUCGGGGUUGGACCUUUCAUUGGUGCUGCAGUUGAUGCAUUUUACCACCAGCAUAUCUCUUGGGUCAUUCAGGAGCACUUCCAACAUAUAAUUCAGGGGAAAAAAGUCCUCUGUGCUCGUGUUGGCCAUUCAAUUAAAGAGAUAAGAAAUUGCUGAAUAAAGAGAAAAAGGACUUUGUAUCACGCAAUUGCUUGGUAGAUGAGCUGGCUAGUGGUUGUCCUGUCACUAAUUGUACUCUGGAUUGCAUCCUUAUGCAAAAUUAUCCAUACAUUGAGGUUACCUUCCAGGACUUUUCUUUUGAGCAAUGGUGGAGCUUUUUGCAAGAAAAAUGUCCUGCUGGUUGUUGCUCACCCUGAUGAUGAAUCCAUGUUCUUUUCUCCAACAAUUAGCUAUCUGAUUUCGAGAGGGCAUAAUCUUCACAUUCUAUGCUUGUCGAUUGGUAAUGCAGAUGGUAUGGGAAAUGCUAGAAAACAUGAACUCUAUAAAGCUUGUGCUGUUCUCAAGGUUCCAGUUCAACAAGUGAAUGUUUUGGACCAUCCAGAGUUACAGGAUGGCUUUGGCCAAAUUUGGGACCAUAACUUAUUGGCGAAGAUCAUUAAAGAUGAGGUCUCUAGUCAUGAAAUUGAUGUGAUUAUUACUUUUGAUAAAUAUGGUGUUUCAGGUCAUUGUAAUCAUUGUGAUGUGCAUUAUGGGGUGCACAAGCUUUUACAUGAAAAUCCACGAAGUAUUGAAGCCUGGGAACUUGUCAGUACCAACAUUUUCCGCAAGUAUAGUGGACCAGUUGAUAUUUGGUUGUCUAUGUUAUUAGCUACCAAAGACACUAAAACAGUGAUGCAUUGCUUGCUAAAUGAGCAUCCCCAGAAGAGUUUCCAUGCAAUGUCAGAACACUCAAGCCAAUGGGUUUGGUUCCGGAAACUUUUUGUUUCAUUUUCCAGCUAUACUUAUGUGAACACUCUCAGAAAGAUCAGCAUGUAGGAAUAUGCUAAAGUUGUCAGAACCUAGUGAUGCCUCUCUGUGCUAAUAUUUAUCUGAUUUUGGCAUGUGCCAUCUUUUUAGCACACAUUCUCGUUAAUCUUCAUCCAUGUAUGUCAGCUGAGUUUUUGAUAUCAAAUUUUAGCACUCAUGAACGCAAAUCAAGUCUUCACAGCAGUAAAAAGAAUGUCCUAAUUGAAUAUUAUUAGUUGAUUGCUUGCU